GACAUGGACGUUUUAGUCAGAAAAGUAAACGGGUGGGAUGCCUGGUAAUAACUUCCCUAAAGUUGAAAGGGAGUGGGAGGGGUUUGGGGGCCUUGUGAGAUGUGGGAGCCGCGCUGUAUCCACGGCAACGGCUGUCGAUUGAUUCCAAAUCAGGCUGUCAGCUUUCGUCUCGUUGGAAAGAGGAGAUAAUUGCAAGGUUGGCGCUUUGCAAACGGCUUCUUUUGGCUGCGCUAACAAGAUGUUGAUCUCGAGCAACGAGUGAUUUGCACAAAAGGAGAAGAGUGCCUGCUGCGGUAGGAAAAAGAGACACUAGAGGGGACAGAAUCCUUUUGUAGGUUUUAUUCUGACUUUGAAGAAAAGAAAAAAGACAUCUCUGCCCGUUCACUUGUGUCUUUUUGGCCUCUUUCAAGAAACCAUUUCCUGGCUCUUCUUCAUCUAUGACUAAAGGCUCUACCAUAGCUCUUGCCUUCCAGUUUCAGAAGAUGGGCUCAUUCCGGAGACCCCGGCCACGCUUCAUGAGUUCCCCAGUGCUGACUGACUUGCCACGUUUUCUGGCAGCUCGGCAAUCUCUGAAUAUUAGUUCUAAUUCUGCAUGGAACAGUGUUCAGACAGCAGUGAUCAAUGUGUUCAAAGGGGGAGGCUUGCAAAACAAUGAACUCUACACCCUCAAUGAACAUGUCAGGCGGCUGUUGAAGAGUGAACUUGGAUCCUUCAUCACAGACUACUUCCAGAAUCAACUCCUUGCAAAAGGCUUGCUGUUCAUUGAGGAGAAGAUCAAUCAUUGUGAAGGAGAGAGUCGCAUCUAUGUAUUAUCUGAAAUUUGGGAUCACUUCUUCACAGAGACACUUCCCACACUCCAGGCUAUAUUUUAUCCUGUUCAGGGCCAAGAAUUAACUAUUCGCCAAAUUGCCCUGCUUGGCUUCAGAGACUUGGUCUUAUUAAGAGUGAAGCUGGAUGAGAUUCUUCCUCUGGUUCAAACCAAGCUCCCUUCUUCCAUUGUCCAGAUGCUGCUAAUCUUACAGGGAGUCCAUGAGCCCACAGGUCCCAGUAAGGCCUUCAUGCAGUUGGAGGAGCUUGUUAAGCAGGUGGUCUCCCCGUACCUUGGCUUGUGUGAAGAACACUGCUUUCCUGGCAGCACCUGUGCCCUGGAGAGAAGAUACUAUAGACCCCGUCCCAAUGGACUGAGCAUCUCUUCUCAUACUGUGGCAGCUCGCCAGGCCAGUGAGACUGCCUUGACACCCCUGACGGAGCAAGAGGGAGAGGCAUACCUUGAGAAAUGUGGAAGCAUCCGUCGCCACACUGUUGCCAAUGCUCAUUCAGAUAUCCAGCUAUUGGCCAUGGCUUCUAUGAUGCACUCAGGGAUGGUGGUAGAAGAACCAGACAAUGGUGACAAAUGCCUUAUCCUGCAGCCCAGUUUAAAUCACAGGCAAUGUUCAAGUGAGCCCAGCAUAGCAGAUGGCCCAGAAGGACUAGGGACAGCAACUAUGCAGGAGCCUACAGAACUCAGCUGCACAUCUGUCUGCUAAAAUGCAGCACCAAGUGAAACUGGUCUUAAGGGAGAAGAAACAAGUGCACUAAACGAAACAGUGGUUUGCUAUGCACUGCUGUGAACAGUGGAGAAUUCAAACAUUGAGAAUCUAAUUUACUUGCUGUGUCUUUGGGAAUGGCUUAUUAUGUCUCUUUUGGAAACGUUCUUUUUCAGAUCCCCAAUGAUGUGGUGUAUUUUUCAAUGAUGGUACAAAGCUGCUAAAUUCAAGUAUUCCAGCGUCUUUACUGUCUCCUUUGUGGGGGUGGGAUAGGCUUUUUCAGAGCUUUUCCUCAACUUGAUUCCUCAGCCCUGGGCUGCUCUUAACUUUCCUUGACAACUGCAUUUCAGGCACUGUGGUAUUGUGUAAGUCUAAUUUGAUGAUUAGGACACAAACAGGAACAUGAGAAAUGUCACAGAAAAAUGCAAGCACCCUGUACUACACAGGAAACCGGCUAUGAAGCAUAUAAAGCCCCAAAGGGGUGGCCCUUUUGCCCUGUAGGCAUGAGAAUCCUCAGUCUCUUAACAUAGAAUGAGAUGGAGUCAUCUCAUAUGAUAGUACUUUGCCUCAUUUCACAGUGGUCAUCAGAGAAGAAGUUGCUACCUGGCCCCCUCCCCUCAAUUUGGUUAAUCUGUUACUAGAUAUCAAGAGGUUUUUAAUGUUUUGUGUUGAGUGUUGGUUUCCUCAGGGAUGAUGUCCAGAGAACAGGUUCACAAUUAGGGGAAGUCUCUCAUUUCAGAUAUUUUUUUUUAUUGCAGUGGUAAACAGAUCACCAUUCACCAAUGAUGUGCCAUUGAAUGGAUUGGUUUUUAUGAAUACAUUUCUCUAGCGCAAGCUUUCCUGUGGCACAAGGAACCUUGCUCCCGUGGAAGAGGCUCCAGUGGUGUAAGAGGCAGGAGUAGUUAUUUUUGCCUGCUUUGCUGUCCUCUCAGCAGCCAUCUGCUGUUGCAUACCUCUUUGUCCUCAACCCCUCAAGGCUCCAGCAUUGUUUUCUGAGCUUUCACUAGGGGUUCCUGGGGGAAAGUAAAGGUGAGAAAGAUCUGCAUCUGUAAUCAUGGUCAUGUUAUUGUGUCUGCUGCUUUCCUGGACUUCAGGAUUUUAAUUUCUAGUAGCAAAGUUUGAUGUGCUUCCAUUUUUAUAUACAUUGGAGUCAGCAGUCCUAUUACAGUUCUGUUCUCAAGGUUCUUUGGGUAUCUCAAGGUUCUUUGGCUGGAGCCUCUUUCCAUUCCUAUCCUUGCAAUGAAGAUGGAGGCAAAAACUAACGAUAACUGUACUAUGUCAAUUUUUAUUUUUAAAAAUCCAAUUUAUUUUCCCCUGCUCUAUGAUAUUUGAUCUGUAAUACUGUUAUGGGCAUAAACCAUAAAGGAAGCUUGUUUAUCUUUAAUGGGAUUUAUUCUGAAGGGUAGUGAUUCUGAAGAUUUGACCUAUUACUGCAUUAAUGGUGGCAGCAGGGGGUGUCAGCCAAUGGUAGUUCAGUGUGGCACAUAAG